AUGCCUGUUGUAUACGCUUGCAUCACCAGAGGCUCCAUCAUCCUCGUUGAUCUGGCCCUUACAGGUGGAAAUUUUAAGGACCCAGCACUGAGUCUAAUCCGACCACUUACAGUUGGGCCUUUAUAUCGAAGAUCUGUCCUGAAGGAUUGUUUUAGGUAUCAUGUUUUAUCAGAGGAUGGAAUUACAUACAUCUGCGCCACAGAGCCAAGUUUUGAAUCCAAGCGCGCUCAUAAGUUCCUUGAUGAGCUCCAGAGUGCUUUGGUGAACAGUCCUCUGAUAAAGAGAGUGGCCUUUGCCCAGCCGUACGAAUUCAGCGCUGACUUGAAUCAGAUGCUCAGCAAGCAAAUGGCUGACUCAGGUGCCCAGCCGUCUUCUAGCAGCAAAGUCAAUCAGAUGCAAGAUCAAGUCAAUGAUGUCAAAGUUAUCCUCAAAGACAACAUCAAUAAAGUCUUGGAGAGGGGAGAGAGGCUAGAUGAUUUGAUUGACAAGACUGAUGAUCUACAGGCAACAGCUGAUUCCUUUCAGAAAACAUCAACGCGUGUUGCGCGGAAAUACUGGUGGAAGAACACAAAGAUGAUGAUCAUCAUCGGUGUAAUUGUGGCGAUCAUCAUCCUCUUCAUCAUCUUGCUUGCUACUGGCGUCAUCCCCACAUAGUGCCCACUGACUGUAUGAUUGAUGUUGGCUGUUCAGGAGCAUAAAGGCUCGCCGAUCUGUAUAUAUGUAUUAAUAUGUUGGAUUGUGUAUAGAACAUUUAUAUUGAAAAUGUCUCUCAUACCCUGCUUCAAAAUCUUUAAUGUGAAUUUAAUGUAUAUGGAAGAAAGUAAAACCCAGGUACCAUGUCAUGGUAUUUCAAUUUAAAUGGUUUAAUUCCAAUAGAAACACCUUUAAUAGUGUAAUAAUAUAUAAUGUAAUAAUAAUAUAGGCUUUAAUAGAAACACCAGCUCACUCCUCAUCAAAUCAUCAAGACCAGUAAAUUAAAAAUGAUUUUGCAAAGUUCAGUGCAAACCAGUUCAAUUAAAGUGCUUUCCCUUUCCCCAGAAUAGUUUUUGUGAUUUAGAAAUAUGUUGGGGGUGUAGAUGAAUACUGUCCACUGAGCUGUAACAUAUAUGCCGUUAAAGUUCUAGUACACAGCAAAACCUGUUCCUGUAGAGUCAAAGGGGGUACGAUACUCACAGCAUUAAGGAUUUAUCACAAGAAAACAUAUAUAUCCCGCUGUGGCUUCAAACUACAUCUCUGAUCCAACCCAUACACAUCGGACAGACCUCCGUAUGCAUACUGCUACUGUAACACGCCAUUUAAAGUUCUCUCCAUUCUGUUAGAAUAAGACUUGAUUUCUGGAGUGUUGAUACCCCUUUCAGGGGCUAAUACACCCAUUAAAAGACAAAGACUGAGAUCAUUGAAUACUUACUGAAGUUUAUUGUCAUCUUUUGUUUAGAAAUGUACAUGAUGCCAUAAUUUGCUUCUGCUUGUGACAAAUAUCUGUAAUGUAAAGAAUUUAACUGCACUAAAAAGCUGGAUAAAUAAAAAAGAACUUUCCACAAAAA